GUGCAGACGGCGGGUGGCCGGUGGGCGGUGGCACGCAGCCAGUGGCGUCGCCUAGGCAGCCGUAGCCGGCCUCCUUCCUCUCGCCUCUCUCUGUUUCUUGCACCGACCGACCGAUCAGGACCAGCACACGCCUGCGCGGCUGCGCCGCCGCCCACCGUCCGGGCACCCAGCGGCCUAUAAAACUGCCACGCCCGGGGGCCCGGCUCCCCACCGUGUUGCCACCUGCUGCUGUCUGCACACGUCGCCACCCGCACGCAGCAUCGAGAGCAGAAACACAGAGGGUCCAUCGAGAGCAGAGCAGGGUUCAAUUGAAAGUUAAAAGGACCGAAAGGAUAACUUCUUCGUGCUCCCCGGUCCGUUCCUUUGCCGAUCAGUCUUGGUUCAGUACACAGAGCGGCUGGUUAAUCGCCAUGGCCACCAGAGCGCUCGCCGCCGCCGCCGUCGCCGGCCGCCGUGCGGCUGGGCUCGCCGUCCUCUCCUCGUCGGGCUCUGGCUGCAGGCGCGGAGGAGGAAAAGCGCAGAGCUUCUCCCACAGCAGCACCGCCGACGCGACGGCCGCCACCGCGGCGCAGGUGGAGGCGGCGCUGAACCGCAAGAACGUGGACGUGGUCCAGGGGGACCGCUCAGCGACGCUGCUCGCGGCCGACGCCGCCGAAGCGCUGCGCGGCGUGGGCGACGGCGACGACGACGCGUGGGUGCCCGACCAGGAGACGGGCGUGUUCGUCCCGGCCGACGAGGUGUCCGGCGACGGGAACGGCAACGGGCAUACCGGGUCCGCGUCUCCGUCGGUGCUGGACCAGGCCGUGUUCGUCCGCGAGGAGGACAUGGAGGAUGUCGAGAGGCCCGCCGUCGGCGGAACCGUGGACGUGCCCGACGCCAAUUGAGCGCGGUGACCGUGUGGCUUUGCCGUCUUGUCUGCCUCGCUGCUGCGACUGGCAAGGGCAGGCAGAGUAGUUGUAGGCUGUAGUAAACAAGCUUUCUAGCUUCCUGAAUCUUCUUGAUGGAUGGAAUAAGUUACAUUUCAAGCCUCCUCUUUUGUGCGAGUGCAGAGCUGAGCUCCAUGGAUUUGCAUCGCAGCGCACAGGGCAUCUCUAUCUGCGGUGUCAAAAGCACAUACACCCGUACACUGCAUCUUGGAUCACCCGCAGCAGAGAUGGUGCAUCGCCGUUCUCGCCGGACAGGAGGGAGGAGACCGCGGGGGGCGGGUGCCACGCGGAGGCGGCGACUGACCGGCGGGAGGGAGCCGCCACCCACGAGUCCCCAACCCAACCUGCCGGCCGAGCAGACCAUCGUCGGGAGUGACGAGGAUCUAGCGCUGGACCGCUGGUGCCCACGAGGCUUUGGGCAACUGCAGGCAUGGAGUAGGGAUGAAAAUAGCGCAGAAAUAUUCCGUACCGCAUCCUUGUCUAUAUUUAGUUUGAUAGAAUUUGUAUUUUUGGAGAAUUCGAAUUGGGUUCGAAUUUCAAAAUCAGAACAAAACGGUGUUUAGAUA